AUGGCUCUCUUAGACCAGAAGCAACAUGAAGCCUGGUCGUACCCGCAAAAUCACCAGUUCGUCUACCAGAAUCAGCACACCUCAACUUCAAUUAAGCCUACUGUGCCGGCGCCGUCUGCUCCAGCCCCCAUAAAGCAGGUGGUUAACGGUACCUAUCUUAACGAGGCCCAUCACCAAGUGGAACGUCUUUCUAAAGCCAUUGGACAAGACGAGGCCACGCGAGAGAAGCUGCUAUACGCCUUGGAGUUUUCCGGUGGAGAAUGGUUCCAAAAUGCCGUACCGCAGAAGCUGGAUACCUCGGCCUGGGUUUCCGACGUGAGUAAUGAUCACUCACCUUUUGAGUACUCAUUGGCUCUGUCCCAACACACUGGAGCAUCUGAGCUGCGGUUUCUGAUUGAGGCCCAACCCGAAGAAAACAGCCUAGCUGCCCUCCAAGAAAGAACUUCACGCUUGACCGAAGACAUAGCGACUGAGUACGGCCCCACAAAGGUCUCCCUAGACCGCUUGAACCUCGUUCAAGACCUGUUUCUCCCCUCAAGACCUGAGGGUAAGCUAGCCUCAUGGCACAGCUUUGUUACCUCAAGUACACUUGAAAAGUGGAAGAUUUACCUGAGCCCACUAGCCUCGGGGAGACAAAACGCCUUCAACGUGACCCGAGAGGCCCUAGAGCGUCUGGGGCUGGCCACCUCAUGGAAGUUAUUGGAGAACAUGAUGACUGGCGACGACUAUCCCAUCUACUUCUCGCUUGGCCUGUCGCCAAACCCAGAAGAGGCCGAAGCCAAAGUUUACGUUGCACACCCUGGCGCAUCCGCAACGCAAAUCGCGGAAAAGCAUGUCAAAAUGGAUCCCAAUUCCAGUGUUCAAGACAUUGAGCAGUUCUACUCGAUCAUGGCGGGUGGAUCGCUUGGCCCGUACCGUGGAGAACCUGGGGUAUCCUGUUUCCAUUUCAAAAACAAAGACCCGUCUCGGCCGUCGGCUCGUACGAUCCUAUACCCAAUGUGCUGUCACGCAAAAAAUGACGCUCAGGCACAGGAGCGCAUCGAGACUUAUAUGGAUGCCAUUUCUGCGCCUCUGCUCUACCGAGAGAGGUAUAGGAAUGCCGUGAGCGCCGUGCAGCGUCGGCCGUUGGAGGCUGGUCGUGGCAUUCAUAGCUGGGUUGGUAUGAAGGAGAAGGUCGACGGAAAGCGGUCCAACACGUUCUAUCUCUCUGCUGAAUUGUAUGGGUGUCUUGUUGAUGAUGAUGCCUCGAAUGGUGGCUGUUGA